AGAAGAGCUGAAUGAAGUCGACGGGAGGAAGUUGCGGUUAAUGCAGCUCCACACCUUUCCGGUGUAGCAGCACUGCGACCAGCUCGACUUAAAGGAGAAAGACGAGAGCUGGGUGUAUUUAUCCAGACAGGAGGGGGAGAUAGGAGGGAGAUAAGAAGUGGAGUUGCGUGAGUGGAUACACGUGUCGCUGAGUCACCGAGGAUUUCCUUCCAAGACCACAGCAGCGGGGCGAAGUUACCCCGGCGCGACGCUUUAUGGACUAGCCGCCGAAAGCUGCUUUUUCCUCCCCCGGUAGCGGCGAAGAGAACAAGGGCGCACCCGAUGUGGAGGACCGGACGCCAGAAGGAACUCACAAGUACCGCGGCCUUUUCGGGGCCUUUCCGACCUACGGCGUCUGCUCUCUGCACGUUUUAAUCGCCUCGGCCUGUCUUGGUCCCACGGCUUUAGGUUGAUUUUUUUUUUUUUGGCAACAAAAUGAACGUCCAGCAACAGCUGGUGCCAAGUUCUUAGUCGAACCAUGCCGUGUUGUGUGUAGGGCCUUCAAACCGUCUUAUACUUUGACCGUAACUUCACUGUAGGCACGAGUAAAAAGCCAAACUUGACUUUUCGAUUCUCCCUCAAAUGCUCUUCGCUGAGACAUGUUUCCAGAAGUAAGCCCAUAAGCGGAAGCUAUAAGAAAAAAGUGAAUAAUCAUCAGCAACGGUAUCAUCUCUCUUCCCCCCCCGGUUAGGAUCGAAGUAUUUAUGCACCAGAGUUCAAAAUGGGGAAAGUGCUGUCUAAAAUAUUCGGCAACAAGGAGAUGAGAAUAUUAAUGCUCGGACUUGAUGCUGCGGGAAAGACGACGAUCCUUUACAAACUGAAACUCGGACAGUCCGUCACCACCAUCCCCACGGUCGGCUUCAACGUGGAGACCGUCACCUACAAAAACGUCAAGUUCAACGUCUGGGACGUCGGGGGGCAGGAUAAGAUUCGCCCCCUGUGGCGACACUACUACACGGGCACCCAGGGGUUAAUUUUCGUGGUGGAUUGCGCGGACAGGGAUCGCAUCGACGAGGCGAGGCAGGAACUCCACCGCAUCAUCAACGACCGGGAGAUGCGCGAUGCCAUCAUCUUGAUAUUCGCCAAUAAGCAAGACCUCCCGGACGCCAUGAAGCCGCACGAGAUCCAGGAGAAGCUCGGCCUGACCCGCAUCAGGGAUCGGAAUUGGUAUGUUCAGCCCUCCUGUGCGACCACGGGCGAUGGACUCUACGAGGGCUUGACGUGGCUAACCUCGAAUUACAAGUCUUAAUGAUUUGAGUGCUGACUGUUUUAGGUCAAAACUAUAAUAACCGUUGCAAGUAACAGAUAACUUCUCGAAAGGAACAUGGUUAAGAAGUUGAUUUAUCUCCCGUUUAUUUUGAAUACUACGUUGCCCCCCCCACGACUAAUUUAUCUUUAACUUGGUUUGCUGGCCUAAAGUUUGCUUGUGCUCUGUAGCAGGCCUGUUUCACGUUCAUUACCUUGGGUUUAGCUUGAUGAAUAAUUGGCCCUAAUGUUAAAGCCAGCAAGAACACCGCCUUUGCCUAUUCUUUGCCCUGUUUGUAUGAUUUCUUUUUUUUUCUCCUUCCUGAUGAAGCUUUUGUCUCGAUUCUUAGACUAAAACUUUAUUCAAGGUUCUUCAGUCUCUGUUGCAUUGAACUUGGAUCUUUUUUAUUUUUCAUGAGGUGAGCUCUUUAAUGUCACAGUAUACCUGAAGGACUUUGACAUCUGUUUUGAACGCAGUACUGUGAUGAAAUAUAUUUCUUAAUGAUAUUGAAUGCUGCAAGGGGAAAACAAAAAAUAAACACCGUUACUUACAAUUCAGUGUCAUCCGUCUUAACAUCAGAGAAACAAAAAAAAAAGCUACUUGAGACACGUUUUGAUACCCAUCUGCAUUCCUCUUGGUGGGGUAUAUAAUUUACCAAUUGACCUAUUCUGUGUCACUUCUUGAUACUUAAUUGUGCUGAAUCAAAAGUUUAAGGCCUCCAGUAACUCUUAAACAUGCUUGUUGGGAUGCAUUUUUGAUUUUUGGGUAACUCGUAAGUUGACUCAAUCUUUCCAAAGGAAUGUCAUUCAGCUCUGCGCUCUCUAAAUCUGAUACCACAGUUGAUUAGUGUCAGUAUUGGGACAUUAUAUGAUAGCCUAUAUCUGUAGCAUGAGUACGCAAGUACAGUAACCCUACAUCAGCCCAUCUGUCGUGCAGUCAGAGGGAGCUGCUCACUGGGGGGGGGGGGGGGGGGGCACGGUGAAGACACCCUGGGGUGCAGCUCUUACUCUCAUUUUGACUGGGGGGAACCAUGUACAGAACAGUGUCAUUGUAAUGUCUUAUUAAAAAAGUGAUUUUAAAUCCGU